GUAUGCUCCAGAAGAAAUACUUUGCAAUUUUAUCUUUAUCCUUUUUAACAUUUUUGAAUUUGAAUUUCCAAAAAAAGAUGACAGUGUCUGAAAAAAACCCUAAAAUCUUGGAACACCAUAAUUUUGAAUGCCUUGUAAAUCAAGCAGGAGGUUGUUUACUGGGGACUAAAACCUUGUACUGUACUGGACCACCUGGACAACUCAUCUGUGGACCUAAAACUAGAUCGGUGCUAAUGACUGGUUGCGAUGGGAGAUUAGGAAAUGUAAUGAUGGCAUAUGCUACUCUUUUAUAUCUCUCCAAGACAUCUAAGUAUGGUUUAUCAGCAAUAUUAACAAAGUAUCAGGCAGAAAUGAUGGAAAAUUCUUUUCAUCCAGAUGCAUACAUUUUUAAAGAAGGUGUGGUUGAUGCAAAGGGACCUGUGGAAGGAAUAGCAGUAAUGAACGAGUAUGGAGAAUACUUCUAUGAUGCUUUUCUUGAAAAUAUUGACAAAUAUGAGUUUAAUAAGAUACUUAAUGUAGGUUUAUACCCUUCCCCUUUUUAUCUUUUUUAUAAAAUUCGAGAUGAGUUGAAAAAUCACUUUCAGUUUCAGGAGGAUAUACAAAAUGCUGCUUUUGAAGCUAUGGAACAGUCUACUUUGAAAAUCAGGGAGAAGUAUGCUGGCAAGAAAAUAGUUAAGAUAGCUGUUCAUGCCAGAAGAGGAGAUUAUUUGAUUUCCCAGAUGGAGAGUUUGAAUUUUAUGCGUGAUGAUGAAAUGUGGAGAGAGUACUUUUUUUACUGCAUUAAUUUAUUCAGGAAUCGCUUUGAUAAUGAAACCACCAAAACUGUUUUUUAUAUGGCAAGUGAGGACACCAAAUGGCUGAAAAAUAAUUUUGGUCAAGAACCUGAUAUUGGAUUUCCAGGAGAAAUAUUAAAUCUUCCAGAUAAUAAAAUGCCCCCGAGAGAUUUAUUUAUGUUAAUACAAUGUGAUCACAUGAUCAGAUCCUAUGGUACAUAUGGUUUGUGGGGAGGAUUGUGGAGCACUGGAACUGUUAUGUAUGCCAACACUGGGCGACAUAUUGUUGAAGAGGAGCAUUCUGUUCGUAUCAACAGUUUUGUAUCAACCUGGGAGGCUAUAGACCUUAAUAGAUUCAUGAAAUCAACAACAACAGCAACAACAACAACAACAACAACAACAACAACAACAAAAACAACUGCUUAAAUCAAACUGGAGCCUGAUUUGUUAUUUUAAAGACAGUGGUGUAAGAAGGGUGUUUCUCCCCCACUUUGAGGUGUACAGAAUUAUGUUCUGUAUGGGAUUAUGUAAUGUUUUUUUUUCUAACAAAAUUGAUAUACAUUUAUAUGUUUCAAGUAAACACAAUCUAACAUUCUAACAUCCCUCCCUCACCCCUUUCUCCUCCUUCCCUUCCCUUCCUUCUCCUAUAAUUUUAAAAUCAAAGUGAAAUAGAGAACUCCCUCUCUAUGACAUAUCCCCCCCUGCCCCCCUCCCCUCAUCUUCCUCCCCUACCCUUUCUAACAGUAUACUUGUACAUAUAUACUAUGUAUUUAUUUUGAUAAUGACAAUGAUUUGUACCUGGAAUGAAAAUCGCACGUGUUCCAUUGAGUAUAUUAGGUAAUGUUUGAGUUUAUAUGUACAUAUGGUUUACGCGAGAUAAGAUUCCAAUACAUAUAUGAUAUAUAUGGUAUGCAGUACAUGAGCCUUGCUUAACCUCCCCUCUCUCCUCCAUCCCUCUCUCUCCCCUCUCAACAGUGCAUGAAUGUAUAUGGAGAGUUUUUUAUUUUGUGGUUUUGCAUGAAACAUAAUUCCCCUCCUUCACCCCCCCCCCUUCCCUCCUUCCUAUAUGCAAAUACUUGUAUGUGUAUUACAUGUAUGGAUUUUUACAAAACUUUUUUAUUGAAAGGUUUCAUUGAAUAUAUAAAUGGUACACAGAAAUGUUGAGCUAAAGACAUUUAUGGAAGAUUAAAUGGCCAAGGGCGUCUAAGAAUAUCAGGAGGAUUUUGUACUCAUCUUGUUUUAUAAAAUAAAUUCUUAAACUUAAUAACUUCUUUAAUUUCAACAUUUGAUCAAAAAUAAAUAAAUUCUAA